UAUAUAUAUAUAUAUACACACACAUAUAUAUAUAUGAAGUCUGUCCUCCCGGCCCUUACUUUCUAUAGUAAGAAACUGAUCAGUGAAAUAUGCUGGACACCAGGUGCUGUUAGAUGCUGCGUGGUUCACUGAAGCCGCCACAAUGGGAGUGCAGGGCACGGAGGGUUUGCAUGGCUACAUCCGGGUGCUCAGAGAGUUCCUGCCUGCACACUGAGUGUCUGAACAGAGACUAGAAGGAAACCUGACUUGUGAGCUAUUAAUAGUUUUAUUCCAAAUGCAGAAACCAAGCCCAGAGACUUUUGCCCCAGUUCAAGUCUUGCCCUGGAGAUCAGCAGCGUAUUUUCUCCUCAUGCUCCUCUCCCGUAGCUGGAGCUGCCUUGUUGGCCAGAUUUCCCCUCAUUCCCAGGAAUUUAAGGACUCUGGGGAUGAGUAGGCGAUGAAGGGCCUUCUCCGGGUGUCUUGAGGACGACCCUGCAGAGCCGGGAGUCAGGACUCCUGGGUCCUGUUUGCCCUUGACUUGCUGUGUGAGCCCACACAAGUUACUGCUCAUCUCUGUAGCAGAGUCAGAGCUCAGGGCCCCUAACACCUUGCCAGCUCCCUCACUCCUGGCUUCUGUGGUUUCGGGUUCUCCCUCCCUUGGUGGUCACCCCUGCUCAGGCAGCGCACCUCCCUCAUGAAGCCCAGUCAGCCCUGCUGACACUGCAGCACGCCACAGCACGCUUUAUGAAGCGUCCGCCAGGUCUUCAUUGGUCCAGAGGAUAGAGAUGGUGCCCCACCUCCCAGCCUAGGCUAUGUCAUUUUGUGUCAGUCCAUCCACUCAACACAGCAUUUGUGGUUUAGAGCUUGACUCUGGAGCCCAGCUCGCUGGGUUUAUAACUCCUCACGCUGUUCGUUCUUGUGCCCGGGAGGCCCUGGUUUCAGUGCAGGUGGGGCUGCGGAAGGCCUGGGCCCGUGGGCAGGAGGCAGCCGGCGACACCAUGGUGACAGAGCAGGAGGUGGAGGCAAUCGGGCAGACACUGGUAGACCCCCAGCAGCCCCUGCAGGCCCGCUUCCGGGCGCUCUUCACCCUCCGCGGGCUCGGUGGUCCUGGAGCCAUCACCUGGAUCAGCCGGGCCUUUGACGACGACUCUGCCCUGCUCAAGCACGAGUUGGCUUACUGCCUGGGCCAGAUGCAGGACUCCCGGGCCAUUCCCGUGCUGCUGGACGUGCUGCGUGACACCCGCCAGGAGCCCAUGGUGCGCCACGAGGCGGGCGAGGCCCUGGGGGCCAUCGGGAACCCAGACGUCCUGGAAGUCCUGAAGCAGUACUCCAACGACCCUGUCAUCGAGGUGGCCGAGACGUGCCAGCUGGCUGCCCAGCGGCUCGAGUGGCUGCAGCAGCACCGCGGGGAGCCGGCGGUGGCCGGGCCCUACCUGUCCGUGGACCCUGCUCCUCCAGCCGAAGAGCGUGACGUGGGGCGGCUGCGGGGGGUCCUGCUGGACGAAGCCCAGCCACUCUUUGACCGCUAUCGAGCCAUGUUCGCCCUGCGGGAUGCCGGCGGCAAAGAGGCUGCGUUGGCACUGGCCGAGGGCCUGCACUGUGGCAGCGCCCUCUUCCGCCACGAGAUCGGCUACGUCCUGGGCCAGCUGCAGCAUGAGGCGGCCGUGCCCCAGCUGGCAGCGACCCUGGCCCAGCGGGCCGAGAACCCCAUGGUGCGGCACGAGUGCGCUGAGGCCCUGGGAGCCAUCGCCCGGCCCGCCUGCCUGGCCGCCCUGCGGGCCCAUGCGGCCGACCCCGAGCGCGUGGUGCGGGAGAGCUGUGAGGUGGCCCUGGACAUGUAUGAGCAUGAGACCGGGUUGGCCUUCCAGUACGCCGAUGGGCUGGAGCAGCUACGCGCGCCCCGCUCCUAGAGCCGCCUGCCCGCCUGCCUGCCCUGCGGGACUCGGCAUGAGCUGCGUAUAAACCGAGCUUGUGCGGAUUGGGUCUGGCUUCCCCGUCCCCCCAGGGCUGUCUGCUUGGCCUGAUCUGGCUGCUUUUGCAUCCUGACUUCCCCAGGGCCAGGCUGAGGUGUCCUGUGUCCCCCACGGGGGGCCUGGCGCAGGGCUGCAGCACCUGGGUUUCUGGUCACGGGGGUGGGAUGUUGGCACGGGAACGGGGGUCUAAGGGUGCAGGCCAGGGCUAUGCUCAGGGAAGUUGGGGUUGCCUUGACCCUGCCUCUUGAACCAGGGGCGCCCGGAAAGGCGCUGUGGGCAAACCCACGCCCCUUGGGCCUAGCCAGGGGCUGGGGCUCCCAAGGGCUGCCCCUGGGGCCUCUGACUCCCUAGCCCCGGACUAGGCUGGGUGGGAGGGUUGUUAGAGGCUUGGGGGCUGGGGAGGGACAAGCAGACCCUGGGGUCCAAAUGGACUAUUAAAUUAUUUUUGCCAA